GAGCGAUCUCUCUCUCUCUCUCUCGAUUGUUUCUUUCAUACAAUUAUUUAAAAUUAAGAUAUAAUAAUCAGGCAAUCUGUAGUGUCGAUGUGGGUGUUCUACUUGAUCUCGUUGCCGCUAACCCUAGGAUUAGUAGUUUCCACGCUCCGUUACUUCGCCGGACCUGAGAUUCCUCGCUACGUUCUCAUCACCGUCGGUUACACCUGGUUCUGCUCCGUCUCCGUCAUCAUCCUCGCCCCCGCCGACAUCUGGACGACACUGUCUUUGCCACCUAAUCAUCCUGAGAAUGGUGCUAUUUCCUUCUUGUGGAGUUGGUCUUAUUGGAGUACCUUUCUUCUCACCUGGGCUGUGGUGCCCCUUAUUCAGGGUUUCGAAGAUGCUGGAGACUUUACCGUCUCAGAGAGACUCAAGACUAGCGUUCAUGUCAACUUAGUUUUCUAUCUUGUUCUCGGCUUCAUUGGUCUUCUCGGUCUUAUCCUUCUCAUCAUGCUCCAUAGGAACUGGACAGGAAGCAUUCUUGGUUAUGCUAUGGCAUGCUCAAACACCUUUGGGCUGGUCACUGGUGCAUUUCUUCUUGGCUUUGGCUUGAGCGAAAUUCCUAAGACCCUUUGGAGGAAUGCAGACUGGACCACCCGCCAAAAAGUUCUCUCCCACAAAAUUGCCAAAAUUGCUGUGAGACUUGAUAAUGCCCAUCAAGAACUCUCAAAUGCGAUUGUAGUUGCUCAAGCGACUUCUACUCAAAUGUCCAAGCGUGAUCCUAUGAGACCAUACAUGAAUGUUAUAGAUGCUAUGCUGGCUAAGAUGUUCAGGGAAGACCCAUCAUUUAAGCCCCAAGGUGGUCAAUUGGGUGAAAACGAUAUGGACUAUGAUACAGAUGAGAAAUCUAUGGCAACAUUAAGGCGGCACCUUCGAAAUGCUAAAGAUGAAUAUUAUAGAUAUAAAAGUGAGUAUCUGACGUAUGUUACAGAGGCCCUUGUUCUUGAAGACACAAUGAAGAACUAUGAACGGCGUGAUUCAACUGGAUGGAAAUAUAUUUCGAGCUUCAGAGCCAGUAGGACUGGAAAAUUAGGGAAUCUUCUUGAUACAUUGGAGUUUAUCUGGAGGUGUAUGCUGAAGAAGCAGAUUCAAGUGGUGUUGGCAGUAGUUACAGGGAUUAUGUCAGCUGCAAUUCUUUUAGCUGAAGCAACCCUCCUUCUUAGUAAACUGGACUUAUCCCUCUUCUCGAUCCUUAUUAGGUUCGUCAAAUCCGAUGAACUGCUAGUGCAGGCGUUUGCUUUUGUACCUUUGGUGUAUAUGUGCAUCUGUACAUAUUAUUCACUCUUCAAAAUUGGGAUGCUGAUGAUUUAUUCCUUGACUCCUCGACAAACAAGUUCUGUUAAUCUACUAAUGAUUUGCUCGAUGAUUGCUCGAUAUGCGCCCCCAAUAUCUUACAACUUUAUUAAUCUCAUUCAACUUCAUUCCGAGACUAUAUUUGAGAAGAAAAUGGGUAGAAUCGAUGACGCUGUCCCUAUAUUUGGACAACGGUUCAAUGAAAUCUAUCCACUCAUAAUGGUUAUCUACACAUUGCUAGUUGCAAGCAACUUUUUUGAUCGCAUAUUUAGUUACUUUGGCAGCUGGAAAAGAUUUAAAUUUCAAACGGAGACCGAUGAUAUGGACGGCUUUGAUCCUUCAGGGUUGAUGAUUUUGAAGAAAGAACGAACAUGGCUUGAAGAAGGACAAAAGGUAGGCGAGCAUGUUCUUCCACUAGCAAGGAACUUCCACGAUGCUGAUGACAUUGAACCAGGAAGCAACUUCUCUGAAAACUCUUCACUUGAAAUGAAGAUGUCAUCAAGCUAUGACAUGGAUACAACAAAAGGAAGUUCAUCGAACGACGACAUGUCACGUAAAUACGGAUCAGCUAGAGAAGCAAUCACUAACAAAUACGCAGCCAUUAGAGAACAGCAGAACAGACACUCUCCAUCUCCAAAGCCAGAGAAGAUGGCUUCAGCGAAAGUGUCUUUACUCGAAACAGAGAGCUCAUCAGGUCCAAGUAGUGGUCCACCAGGAGAGGUGCCCUCUUCUCGCUUGGCUUCGACAUGGAGGAACAUGAAACAAGGAAUCCAGAGUUUUAAAGAGAAUGUAGCUACCAAGAAGUUUCUUCCACUAAGGCAAGGUCCAGAAACAACAACAAUAGCCAACACAAGCUCAGGAGUGAUGCCUUCGUCGAGGCCGCAGUCUCUGGAUGAGAUAUUCCAGAGACUGAAGAACCGGUCAGAAGAACACGGACACUACCUUGAUGAUGAUGAUGAAGUUUAACUAUGAAGAUGGUGUUCGUUGGUAAUGAGAAGUGAUAAAAAGACUGGUGAAAGCGGUGAGAGAACAAAGCAAGCAUCAGAUUUGUUCACCAUAGUAUACAGAAACAUUACAAGACGCUGAUUUAAAAACUAAAGCUAAUUUAAAUGUUACGAAUCUCAAAAAGGAACAUUUUUGUGUUGUAGGUUUGAUAUGUUUUAACAGUUAUUACAUACUAUGUACUAUCUUAUCUUAUACGCAGACUUGUCGAAUUUAAUUUAAAACAA